AUGCAUGGCCUUCCUGGUCACCAGUCCUGUUGCUGUCUGCUCCUUCUGUUCUUGGGAGUCCAGGGGACCCCAGAGGCUCCCAGUGCGACCCCAGAGCAGGUCCACCUGUCCUACCCAGGCGAGCCGGGCUCCAUGACCGUAACCUGGACCACAUGGGUGCCCGCCCGCUCUGAAGUGCAGUUCGGGCUGCAGCUGUCGGGGCCCCUGCCCCUCCGCGCCCAGGGCACCUUCCACUCCUUUGUGGACGGGGGCAUUCUCCGGAGGAAGCUCUACAUCCAUCGAGUCACGCUGCGGAAGCUGCUCCCGGGGGUUCAGUAUGUUUACCGCUGCGGCAGUGCCCAGGGCUGGAGCCGCCGGUUCCGCUUCAGGGCCCUGAAGAAUGGGGCGCACUGGAGCCCCCGUCUGGCUGUGUUUGGGGACCUUGGGGCCGACAACCCGAAGGCCCUGCCCCGGCUGCGCAGGGACACCCAGCAGGGCAUGUACGAUGCUGUUCUCCACGUGGGGGACUUUGCCUACAACAUGGAUCAGGACAACGCCCGUGUCGGGGACAGGUUCAUGCGCCUCAUUGAGCCCGUGGCUGCCAACCUGCCGUACAUGACGUGCCCUGGAAAUCAUGAGGAACGCUACAACUUCUCUAACUACAAGGCACGCUUCAGCAUGCCGGGGGAUAAUGAAGGCCUGUGGUACAGCUGGGACCUGGGUCCAGCACACAUCAUCUCCUUCUCCACGGAGGUCUAUUUCUUUCUCCAUUAUGGCCGCCACCUGGUUCAGAAGCAGUUCCGCUGGCUGGAGAGCGACCUCCAGAAAGCCAAUCAGAACCGGGCAGCACGGCCCUGGAUCAUCACCAUGGGCCACCGGCCCAUGUACUGCUCCAAUGCAGACCUGGACGAUUGUACUCAGCACGAAAGCAGGGUCCGCAGAGGCCUCCGAGGCAGGCUGUAUGGGCUGGAGGAUCUUUUCUACAAAUACGGCGUGGACCUGCAGCUGUGGGCUCAUGAACACUCCUACGAGCGGCUGUGGCCAAUUUACAACUACCAGGUAUUUAACGGCAGUCGAGCGAUGCCCUACACCAAUCCGCGAGGACCGGUUCAUAUCAUCACAGGGUCGGCGGGCUGUGAGGAGCGGCUGACCCCAUUCAAACUCUUCCCACGGCCCUGGAGCGCCGUGCGUGUGAAGGAGUAUGGGUACACAAGGCUUCACAUCCUCAAUGGAACCCACGUCCACAUCCAGCAAGUGUCCGACGACCAGGAUGGGAAGAUUGUGGAUGACUUCUGGGUGGUGAGACCCCUGUUUGGCCGGAGGAUGUACCUCUAG